AUGAAUAUUAAAUAAUUAGCUACAAAUUUCGAUGUUCUCUAUCGUAGAGUGAAUGACAGAAGCAAAGUAACAGAAUUUAUGUUGGGACAGCUUUUCGAGCGAUCUGAAGCCGAAGAGAAGUACCACAAGGCUUUGGAGAAAAUAAGUGGACAAAUGUAAAAUAGUGGAGGAGAUAUGGAUGAUUUAGUGAGAGGAGUGAAGAUAGAUCUGAAUCAAAGGGCCCAGUACUAUAAGCAAUUCAAUUAAUCGUACAAGCAUGAUGUAGAGUAAGCCAUCAAUGAGCUUAGAUAAAUCCAAAGUUAAUUCAAACCACUUAUUCAAGAUGUGUUAAAAAUGGAUAAAGAAAUCAAAAUAUCCUGUGAUAAGUAUGAUCGUCAAAAGGAGAAGACAGUGAGAGCAUCAAAGGAAUAUGAGGAAUCUGCAAUUACAUUAGAAGCGUUGUGUUGGAACAAAGAAUGCAAUAUAGAAUAAAGAUCAAAAGCAUAACACAGACUGAAUUCACAAUUACAAUACAAGUAAGAGAAUGAAUCUGCUUUGAGAUAGGCAGCUACAAUUUAUAAUUAAGCUGUUUAAUCCUAUUGCACUUCUUUGUAGAAUGGCAUUUAAUAGCUAACUACAUCAUAUAAUCAAAUAUUUUCAAUAGCUAAAGACAUUGUAAUGAAGAUCUUAGUUUAUGAGAUUUCCAAAACUAGAAAUCUUUAAUAUGAUAGUGAACAGUUUUUUAAGCAGGCUGAGAUUUAUUUGGAUCCCUAAAAUGACCCUACAGCUCCAGGACCCUCAAGUUAGAUUGGAAUUUCUAAAGAGAACUAUUUAAAAGUUAAUUCUCAAUUAAAUUCUUCUUUUUUAAGGAGUAUAGCAGAUUAAAUUUCUCUUAAUCACAGACUGAAUAUUAAAAGAGAAACUACAGCUUCUUCUGCUUAAGUAGAAAACGUUGAUUCUUUUGAUAUAUUCUUAGCUAAUUAGGAAUUUAUUGAUGAUUUAAAAGGAGUAACAAUUAAAUUAAUUGGAAAAGUUAAUAAUAAAAAUAAACCAAAAAAUGCUGACGAACAACCAGCUGGAGUUCAAUAAAUGGUGAAUAAAUAUAAAGAUCAAUAUGGCGAAUAAUAACUUAUUAAUACUUAUAGUUUCAUAAAACAUGUGAUUUAAUAGACUUAAGAACAAUAAAUAAAAGGUUGGAAAAAUAUACCUGAAUUAUAAAAAAGAAAUUUGGAUGAGAUUUUUGAUUCAAAGUUCUUUAGAGAAUUAGGAUGCAUAAUCCUUGAAUCAUUUCGAUAAGCAGGGUGCUCAAAUUUAAAUUCGUAUGGAUUCAAAAAUAUGCAUUAGUUCACUUAGAAAUUAUUAGAGAUAUCAUAAAAAGAAGGAGAAUUAACUUUAGUCAAAAGGAUUAUUACCAUGAUCUCCACUAUCUACACAAUAGAUGAGCAUGAGAAAAGAUUUUUCUUACAAGAUAGUUUAAUAUCUAUGCAAAUUUGGAAAUAAAUUGAUUUAUGGGAAGGUUUAAUUUAUACAACGAUUGAGUCAGAGAUUGAUAAAUCUGCUAUGAAAGAUACAAUUCAGUUUUCAAAUGAGCAAAUAUUUAAGGAUAAGAACGUUAUAUAUUCUAAUUUAUUGACUUUAACACUUAAUAUGAUAAACUUUAAAGUGGAUAAAUAAGAGAUUAAGAAUAUUUUAGUGAAGUACGCAAGAGUAUUUUCGCUUUAUGAUCUAUAAGCUUAGGAAUUGCUUAAAUUUGCUGAAAAUGAUGAUUAAUUCAUUAUCUGUUCUUCAAUCUUUAUAUUAUUAACCAUAAGCAAAUUAAAACUAAUAAGGAAAUACUGUUUAAAAAAAAGUAGUUAUAUUUGA